CAACGCACGCUGACUGCGAUUUGUCAAGCACAACGACUUGACGUGGCGUCAGCUGCGAGCCUUGUACGUUGUGAACGCCCUACAGACCCACGACCAAACAAAGCCAUGCGUCCGCAAGCUAAUGCGUCGCUACUAGACGGCUAUAAGCAUCGGGAUGUGGUGCUAGCAAUAAUGGAGCGCGGCAUCGAGCCUAAGUGGCUACGCCCUCCACCACCCGCUCGACCCGUUAAGAACCACAAGCCUUGUCAAAAGCAUCUCUUGGCAGUCAUUCGCAGUAUUCGAGACGGUCAAAACAACGGACGCUAUAUGAUCGUCGAUGACGCAUUAUUAGAGCAGUGGUCAAAUGUGGUGUGCAGCCCCCUUGGUGCAGUCGAGAAAAAAGACAUCGAUCCGGCCAUUGAAGUGCGUCUCAUACACGACCUCAGUUUUCCUGAAAAUAUCUCGACGAAUGCAAGUUUCGACAAAAAUUCCGCUCCAGAGAUUCGAUACCACUACAUCGGGGCCAUAGCUGAUCGAAUUGUUAGAUCGCAUCACGCGAUACCCUCAGUGUGUGAUACGAAUACUGAAAGGUGA